UUGUUAUAGAUACUUCUCAGUUGUUCCUACACGUAACAUAAAUAAAUAAACAAAAUGUUGAAAUCGAAAUAUUUACCAAUUAAUAGCAACAUAUCACGAAGGACACAUAUUAAGGCAAUAAUCAUGAACUCAAUGCAGAUCAUAGUGAUUGGUUUGAUAAUUCUGUUUAUACGAAUACUAUAUACGCUCGAUGCUCGCCACUUUUAUCGCACUGCAACCGACAUAGCGCCAACAGAAUAUUUCGUACUCACAUCUGAGUGCCAAAUACCUUACGUGGAUCCAUUUUCUUCUGAAGCACUUGAAAUUUUUGAUCCCAAAAAGUUUACAUAUGUGAGUUGUACAAAUGAUGUAGCUCUCGUCCAGCAAAUUUAUCUACACGAAACCAAGCAGUAUAAGCUACAUAUGAAUUUGUCGGCAAUGGCCGAAGUUUCGAAUACAAAUGAUGACAAUAUUGAGGAUAUGUACUGCUGUUAUAGGGAAAUAAAGCGGUCAGGAAUAUAUGAGUUCACCACCUCAGGUUAUGAACUUUCAUCUUGCCAACGAUUUCAACAAGAUUUUUUGGUGCCACGCCAUAUCGAUUACUUAAUAACCGAGUGCUAUAUCGGUAACGAAACGAAAGUGGCAACCCAAAAAGAUGCCUUUACAUUUAUACAAUAUCGUAAAUUAACUGAUUCAUUUAAUGCUAAAAAUUUUUCGAAACUUGGAAUAAAACGGCCAAGUGUGCUUUUAUUGGGCAUUGAUAGCCUCUCCCGCAUAAACCUGCGCCGCACGAUGCCCAAAACCUUUACGCAUUUGCAGAAAAAUGAUUGGUUUGAGCUGAAGGGUUUCAAUAAGAUCGCUGAUAAUACGUUUCCAAAUUUAAUGGCAGCCUUAACCUCAUACAAUCAACCUACAGCCGAGAAGAAGUGUCAAUGCAAAACACUCGGUGGCUACAAUCAACGUAUGUGCAAUCUAAUUUGGAAUAAUUUCAGAGAUUAUGGCUAUCGAACCGCUUACGCCGAAGAUGUACCAAUAAUUAGUACGUUUAAUUAUGGACGGUAUGGAUUUGUGGAACAACCAACCGAUUAUUAUCUACGACCUUUUGCAAUAUGUAUCGAAAAUAAUAUGCACGUUGAGAAAAUAGACGGUCUACCCGACUGCAUCGGCCGCAAACAUUAUGCCCAAUACAUACUCGACUAUGCGCUACAGUUUUCGAUUACCUAUACCGAUGAACCCAUUUUCGGACUUUUCUGGAUGAAUUCGUUUAGUCAUAAUUCCUUCGACAUGCCAGCGACAAUGGAUAUGAAAAUUUUGGAAUAUCUGGUGAGAAUGAAAGAUGAGAACAUUUUAGAACGUACUAUUGUAUUCCUUUUUGCUGAUCAUGGCAUGCGUUUUGGUCCACUAUUGAAAUUAAAAUCAGGUUUCUUAGAAGAACGUUUACCAAUGAUGUUUAUAUCAUUGCCACAGUGGUAUCGCAAUGAGCAUCCCGAAUUUGUGAAAGCCUUACUGGUGAAUAAGAAUCGUCUUACAUCACCAUUUGAUAUAUAUGCAACACUGAAGCAUAUACUGGAAUUGACUAAUCCCGUAAUAGAAUUCCCCUAUCUAAACGGCACUACCAAAGGCAUCAGCAUAUUUCGUGAAAUUCCCAAGAAUCGUACUUGUCUCAAGGCAGGCAUUGCCGAUCACUGGUGUACAUGUUUGUUAUAUGAAAUUGUUUCGAUUAAUGAUAAAGAGGUGAAAAAUGUUGCUCAUUUAUUAAUUGAUGAGAUGAAUAAAUAUCUCGUUAGUAAAAAUAUUGAAACAAAAUGUGCUGUUCUCAAGUUAAACAAUAUUUAUCAAGCCUUGCGAAAAACAAGCAGAAAAGACAAUAACAGUUAUAAUGAACUGACGUACCGAUUGUGGUACUUUGUACGGCCAGGAUUUAAGGAUUUCCAAGCAACGGUUAAUUUUAAUAGGACUGCAAAUAAAAUUGAAAUUAAUGUGGAGGAUAUCUCACGUCUAGAUUCCUAUGAGCAGACAGCAUACUGUAUCGAUAUGAAAGAAGCGAAAAAAUACUGCAUUUGUCGCAAAUAAUCCUUUAUUAUUAUAAUUAUUUAAUACUCUUUUAUUAAAUACGAAAUUGUCACACUAAAAAUAUCUACUACGUUUAGUAAUUCGAAAUUCAAUUUUGCAAUAUUUCGUAUGGUUUUCCCAUUUACGCUUUUCACUUUUGUAAUAUUUUCAACAGUUGAAGAGAUCGAAAGGUUUUGAAGGCUUUGUACAACUCGUAGGCUAGUGUUUUUGAUAAAACUGAAUCACAGAAAGAGUUUUCCAACAUUCGCAACAAUUCCGCACACGAAAUUUGGUUAUGAGUACAAAAUUUGAGACUAAACCUUGUCCAAAAAUUUACACAAUAGAGAUACUAUCUGUGUUUAAUUUCGAUAUCUUUCUUAAAAUAUAUAUCCCUUUGGUAUUGAUGUUCGUUCAAUUUUAAGUUUCUCGCAUAAUUCGUUUCUUUGGCAGCUUUUUUAACACUUUCAAGUUUCUCCCGAAAAUCAUCUUUUCCAGUCAUCGUGAUCAUACAUAUAAAGUGAUCGAAGAAAGAAACAUAAUUUGGCGCUGAUAAAGGCUAACAACUGUGUGCAUUCGCAAUAUUACCACUUCAAAAUAUCAGUUAUUUUUAGAAUAGCGAUAUUUUUAAAUUAUACAAAGUAUAAAAACAUAUGUAGAGCACACAGUUAAUAUGUAUAGUAUUUUAUGACACAUGUAUGUAGUUACUGAUAUCUGCAAUUUCCGACUUUUUAAAGGAGCCGCUUCGACACUUAAUUUCACUUGUUGCACUCAAAUUUUACAUGGCUCGAAUAACCGAUAACAAAUUAUAGCAAAAAAGUUUUAAAAUAAUUAAUAGUUGGUGCACCUCACAAUGUAUCCUGAUGAUUGCGCAGAUAGUCGAACUUCUUACUCAAUUUUGCCAGCAUAUUUUGCACAAUUUCUUCAUAAUUCGGUACUUAUGGUAUGUACAAAAUUUUCGACUAGCAACACAAAGCUUGUACACGAUUCAAUUUCCAGAACUUUGAUAAUUUUGUUAUAAUCUUUAUCUUCCAUUAAUUUCUGCAUUUGAGGACCAUCGCAUUUUCCACCUUUCAGCUUUUCCAUACUAAGUUCGGAAAUUAUAUACAAAUGCCACCAAAACUAUAUUCUUCC